AAUUUGAGGGACAGUUUGCUAUUCUGUUGGAGACCUGAUAUAUUCAGUCUUAUUUUUCAGAGAGAGGAAAAGCAGCUUGAGCUAUCCCUGGAGGCUCUUAUCAGUCAAGUGGCUGACCUGAAGAACUCGUUGGUCAGUUUCAUUUACAAGCUGGAGAACGAAUAUGACCGUCUCACUUGGCCCUCAGUGCUAGAUAGUUUUGCUCUGCUCUCAGGGCAGCUCAACACUCUGAACAAAGUGCUGAAGCAUGAGAAGACUCCACUGUUGCGCAAUCAGGUGAUAAUUCCAUUAGUGCUGUCCCCAGAUCGGGAUGAAGAGAUAAUGCGACAGACAGAAGGACGAGUACCAGUGUUCAGCCAUGAAGUUGUACCCGAUCAUCUUCGGACCAAGCCUGAUCCUGAGGUAGAGGAGCAAGAGAAGCAGCUGAGCACUGAUGCAGCUCGUAUUGGUACUGAUGCGGCACAAAAACAGAUUCAAAGCCUAAACAAAAUGUGUUCGAACUUGCUAGAGAAAAUCAACAAAGAAGACCGAGAGUCUGAAACUGGAGGUUUACGCCAGAACAAGCAGACAUUCAACCCCGCUGAUACCAAUGCCCUAGUUGCAGCUGUAGCCUUUGGAAAGGGAUUGUCGAACAGACGUCCACCAGGAGUGGGAAGUUCUGUUCAGACCAGUCAGCAAGGUGCCAGUGCCAUCAUAGCAGGUGCUUCUACCAUGCAGCAAGUACAAAUGUCUGGAGCACCUAAUCAGCCACAGCCUAUGCUUGGAGGAGUGCAGAUGCCACAAGCAGGCCAACCAGGUAAGAUGCCCAGUGGCAUAAAAACCAAUAUUAAAUCUGCUUCAAUGCAUCCCUAUCAAAGGUGAGUAGGAAGUAUUCUGGUCUAUUGCUGCUCCUGGACUUCACUUCCAAGACAACACUUAUUCAACUUGUUCUCAACAAUGAAACUUGGUCUCUUCUUUAAAUAUCAGUGGGAUCAUUUAUUCAUACAGCUGCAUUGAUCCAGGACACAAGAACAUAAAAGUGUAUUUUUCAUUACAAAUGGUAGAGGCAUUUCUUUGAGGACAAGAAAUCUAUCAAGUAGCUAAGCCAAGAUGAUGAACAAAUUUACUUUCCUGAUUCCUUCAGGUAGUGCACCCCUUUGGAAACUGCCUGUUGAUGACUGAGAUAUAUGAGACAUGCAAGUUAUAACAUUUUUCAAAACAAUAAUAAAGUUCAGGUGGUCUGUCUCAUGUAGCUUUUCUGUAUUUUUAAGGUGGAUCAUGGGAAAAUUUGUGGCUUUGACUUGGCUGCAUUUUUCAUAGAAUGCUUGAUUCUUGUACCAUUAGACAGGCCAGCAUAUCAUCUGUUUUGGUUCCUGUCUGAGAUUCUUUUGUUUAUGCCAUUUUUCAUUGACUGAGGAUUAGCACUCUAGCUCUUGGUUUAUUGAUAUAGAAACUUCAGCAAAUUGUCAACUAGAGGGCAGGCAAGAUAGAUAAAAGCUUGCCCAGAAUUUAUCAAUAUGAACAAAUGAAAAUGUUGUUUUUAAGUGUGAUAAAUGGUAAAUAUUACAGUGGAUUUCUGAAAUGUAGAGCAGUCCUGACACAUCUUCCCUGCAUCAGUGGCAAAUGAGGGGUACUACCUUUUUGCUGAAAUUGAUGUGGGAGGGGACCUAGCUAGAUGUCAGAAACAACCAGAUACUGCCAUGUAGGAUCUUUCACUGUACUCUGUGACUCCAAAUCCAUCACCAUAAUCACUUGCAGUCUAUUGGUUGUUUUAACCACUGCAUCCAAGUUCUGCUUGAGAACAGGUAUCUUACUACUAAGCGGCAGCAUGAGUUAUCUACUGCUGCUAGCAGUGGAAAGGAUAUUAGAUGAUGCCUAAACAGGUGUUUAAACAUUUUCAAGGUUGAAAGACAGUUAGUGUUCUAUUCCUAGCAGUGGCUAAGCUCAAACUUGAUCUUCAAGCUCAGAAUUUAAGUGUUCCCAUACAAGCCUGCUAAUGGCCUGCAGCUUGCUCACUUUGGUGGUAGUGUGCUAUUCUGCUGGAUCUUCUGGGCCAGUAGCAGGAGCUGCAGCAGCUGUGACUUCAGAUUUGGGAGGAGCCUCAUGUUCAGCCACCUCCUCUUAUGACUGGGAAAUAGCCCUUCCUCAACCUCACCUAUCGCAACAUCGGUGGAAAGUAUCACUAUUACAGAGUUCUACAGAAAUUAAAAGGAUUGUUUAAGCAUAUGAGAAAUACAUCUAAAUUCAUGGGUAUACAGUCUACAUAUAUGUAAUAAUGAACCUCGUUCUUCAACAAAUUGGUGACAGCUGUUAAUCCUAUGAAAUUUCAAUGUAACAUAAUUCCUGACUGAUCUUGACUGAUCCUGGAAACUUGGCAUUAGUAUGUAGAUGGGAGAGCACUUGGAAAGAACUGUAUGCUAGACGAGAAGUAAAGAGAGAGAAAGAGAGAGGGAAUGCUGAAAGAAUGCAGCGACAAACACCUCUAUAACACUACAUGGAUACAUCUCUCUAAUCAACAAGCUUGAGGACAUCGUGACCUUUUUAUAAUGCAUCAGUGAUACUGUUUUAAAAUAGCUUUACUAAUUCAAGCAGAUCAUGGAGAAAAUCUAUCUGUGUGGUUGCUAAAAGUUGACACCAACUUGAUAGCAUAUAAUAAAUUCAAGGAGAUGUUCUUUUAGAGGGAAGAAUAAUAUAAAUCUGUUGAUAUUCCUCAUUUGUGGUUAGUGCAUCAAGGUACAUCUUUAAAAACUAUUAUCAAUCAGACUUCUAUAACUGGGUGUUAACAAUUCCUUUGGAUGAACUAAUUGUGAUAGUAUAUAAUUUUCAUUAGUUGUUCUCUUGGAAUUUCCUGUUGUCUAAAGUGAAAUUAAAAACUAAUUUGAAACUUUAUCUGUAUUUAUAAUGUCAUAAAGCUUGUCUUGAAGAUCCCUUAAUAUAAAAGAUUUAUUACAGUGAAAUAAACCUUUUAAUUUGUAAACAUUUCUACCUGUCCAACUUUUAUAUUGCAAAUAGUUAUUUUUUUAAGUGUAUCUUUUAAAAGAAUUCUGUAUCUUUAAAAUUAUCUUUAAAAAGAUGAUCUAAAUGGAGGAAAAAUGAGCUAGAAAAGUUGCCAUGCCAUUAAGGCUGCCUUAUAAAAUGAGUUGGCAAUGUCUUUUAUUAAAUAUUGUAAAGGGGAGAUCUUGCUGUCCAUAAUCAAAUCUGCUGUGACCCAUUAUAGUAUAUGAGAUGAAUUAACUGUUUUACUUGAUAUGCAUCAAAUAAAGCUUCAAAAUUAGAUACAGCAAUGCUUCCCUGUUGUUUCAUGGCAAAUUUAAAAUACUUUAUUAAUGAAUCUGUUUAUAUUUUUUGCUAUGGAGAAAGCUUGUCUGAAGAUGGAGGAAUCAUUAGUAGAAAAAUAGUAAUUUGGAAAAGAUCAUUUUAAUUCUGUCCAAUAUUCUUCAUCAAGUUUAAUGUAUUUUCCCAUUCUAACACUUUUCCUUUUGACUACCAUGAGAAAGGCAUACAAUUCCAAAUUGUAUUUUCAUUAGAAUUUGAAUUAAAA